AAAAGAAGGGGCGGCUCACUGCCCGCCGGAGGAGGAAGAGGAGCGAGCGAGUGGAAGGAAGAUCGGAGAAAAACAGUGCCGGAAAUGUACGACAGCAACUCGAAAAACAAAGUAGCGUCCUUUAUAAAUGUAAUCCGUUAAACGAGAGAAUAAAGAAAGAAAGACAAAACGGGAACAUCUGCAGCCAGACGCGUGACUGACUGAGGCGAGGCAGGUGACAUGCUCACGCACCAGGGCUAGACCGUGGAGAAGAGGAGGAGGAAGAGGAGGAGAUGAAGCUGAAGCAGAGGGUGGUCCUGCUGGCCGCACUGCUGGUGGUCCUCAUCCUGGCCAAGGUGUUCCUGCUGGACGGGGGCGAAGGGUCGGCUGCGAGCCGGCAGGACCAGCGUGCUUUCCAGCGCAUGGAGGCGGGUCUGAGGCUGCGGAGGGGGGUGCAGCUCGACCAGACCCUGCAGUCCCCCUGGGAGGUGGCAGCGCAGUGGGUGGGGCCGCGUGAGGUGUACCCCGACGAGACCCCCGAACUGGGGGCGGUGCUCAGCGCCAUGGCGACGGGCCAUGUGGAGCGUGCCGACGUCGGCUACAAGGGCACACAGCUGAAAGCGCUGCUGGUGCUGGAGGGGGGACAGAAGGUGGUCUUCAAACCCAAGAGGUACAGCCGGGACACCGUGGUGGAGGGAGAGCCCUAUGCCGGGUACGACAGACACAACGCUGAGGUGGCUGCCUUUCACCUGGACAGGAUCCUGGGUUUCCACAGGGCACCCCUAGUGGUGGGGAGAUUCAUGAACCUGCGGACAGAGAUCAAACCCGUCGCUACUGAUCAGCUCGUGAGCACCUUCCUGAUGCAGGGUAACAACACGUGUUUCUACGGGAAGUGCUAUUACUGCCGGGAGAGCGAGCCAGCCUGCGCGGAGGGGGAGGUGAUGGAGGGCUCCGUCACUCUCUGGCUGCCUGAUGUGUGGCCCUUGCAGAAACACAGGCACCCCUGGGGCCGCACCUACCGAGAGGGCAAGCUAGCCAGGUGGGAGUACGAUGAGAGUUACUGCGAUGCUGUGAAGAAGACGGCUCCUUACGACUCCGGCCCGCGGCUCCUGGACGUCAUCGACACGGCCAUCUUCGAUUACCUCAUCGGCAACGCAGACCGCCAUCACUACGAGAGCUUCCAGGACGACGGUGGAGCCAGCAUGCUCAUCCUGCUGGACAAUGCCAAGAGUUUUGGCAACCCUACCCAGGAUGAGAGGAGUAUCCUGGCCCCAGUGUACCAGUGCUGUAUGGUGCGUGUGUCCACGUGGAACCGGCUGACCCUGCUGGGUAACGGCGCUCUGAGCGCGGCGAUGCGGACGGCCAUGGCGCACGACCCCCUGCACCCCGCGCUGACGGAGCUGCACCUGUCUGCGCUGGACCGGAGGCUGGAGAGUGUGCUGACCACCGUGCGGCAGUGUGUGGAGACGCAGGGAGCCGAGAGCGUGCUAACCGAGGAUCGCAUGAAGCUCUCUCACCCCUAACCAGCAGGGGGAGACACACCGACCCACAACACUGGGAACUGCUUGUUCUGUUUAGAUCCCCCACCCCACAUCCCCCUAAAAACUCUGAGAAGUGGAGGGGUUGGGAAGGGAGGACCUGCUGUAGCAUUAAUAGACUCACUAUUGGGAAAGUAAAAAACACUGAAGACCAGUGCUGUUGAGUUCACAAGAGAGGAGAGGAGAACUCUGUGCAGAGAUUAAAACUGGAGCCUGACGAUGGGGGUAUGUGGGUCGACUUUUAACUGCAUUUGCAAGAAAAGCCACAGCAUGAUUUGCACUGCAGCCAGAGGAGCUGGAAGGGGCCGGCCGGUCUGUGUGCUCACAUAGCUAGAGAUACACCUGAAAUACAGAACAGGAUCACAGUGGAAGAGACAGGGAGCAGCAGCACUGCGGUAUAGCAUGGACAGCGGGGUCACUGCUGUUAGCAUGGACACAGGGUCCUUACUGAAGCUGCUGAUGGGAGGGGGGUAAAUCAAGGGUUGAAUCUGGGAUAAUAAUACAGAGUGGGUCGGGAUUCUUGCUGGGACAGAGCUGGAUUUUCUUUUUUAAUAAAUUGCUGUGUGACUUUUCCAGUAUAAUCUGUCUUAUGUGUUUGGAAAUAAGACUCCUGUUGCGUGGCAGUGCCACCCAGUCCAGGUUUUACUACGAGCUUGAUU